AUGGCUUUCAUCGCUCCCCUUUUGCAGAUGGGGAAAGAGCGCAGGGCGGCGUUGGAACAGAGGCUGGAGGGCCGCUGGCAGGAGCGGCUGCGGGCCACCGAAAAGUUCCAGCUGGCCGUGGAUGCCCUGGAGCAGGAGAAGCAGGGCCUGCAGAGUCAGAUCGCCCAGGUCCUGGAGGGCCGGCAGCAGCUGGCACACCUCAAGAUGUCCCUCAGCCUGGAGGUGGCCACGUACAGGACCCUCCUGGAGGCUGAGAACUCCCGGCUGCAGACCCCUGGAGUCAGCUCCAAGGCUUCUCUCAACUUCCUGGACCCCAAGCUGGAGCUGCAUUUCCCUGGGACCCUGGAGGGCCAGCGGCUGGGACCUGUCCUCAGCCCAACUUCCCUCCCUUCCCUGCUGCCUAACACCCUCCAGACACCUGUGCCAGUCUUUCUGAAGAGCCAGGAAUUCCUCCAGACCUGUACACCCACCUUGGCCAGCACGCCCAUCCCACCCACACCUCAGGCUCCUUGUCCUGCUGCAAAUGCAGAGAUCCAAGCCCAGGAUGCCCCUUGCUCUCUGCUCCCACCACAGGGUGGGAAGCAACAGGCUCCAGAGCCACUGUGGGCUGAAGCCCAGGCAGCAGUCCCUGCUAGCAUCCUUCCAGGACCCAAAGAGCCAGGUGGUGAGCAGCAAGAGGCCAGUCCAGGCCAGGUCCAUGAGGACCAGGCCUCCCUGGCCCCACCCCUCAGCCCUGACCACCCCAGUUCAGAGGCAAAAGACCAAGAACCCAGUGGGUCUGCAGCAUCCAGCAUAUUCCAAGAGGAAGGUAAAGGGCCGAUCUGGGGACUGGUAAAGAAAGAAGCAGCUGUAGAGGUCCAAGUAGUAAGCAGCUUACAGCAGCAAAUAUGGCAAGAAGUGGGGGACCUGGACAUGAAGGAAAGCCAGGACUCCCAGGGUCUUCUGGAAAAAGAAACCCUGAAAGCUCUGGGAGAGGAGAUGCAAAAGCCACUGAUUCCUCUGGAGAACCAGAACUAUGAGGCCCUAGAGAAAGAUCGAGAAUCUCUGAGGUCUUUAGAAGAGAACCUAGAAACACUAAAAAGUCUAGAAAAAGAAAAUCAAGAGGUAUUGAGGUCUUUAGAAGAAAAAGACACGGAAAUAGAGAGACCUCUAGAAAAGGAAGCCACUGAAUUACCCAAGCCUGCAGGAAAAGAGGACUCACAGGCAUUGCAGUCCCUGGAAAAUGAGAACCAAGAACUAAUGAUAUCUCUUGAAAGUAACCUAGAGACAGUUUUAUUUCCAGAAAAGGGAAAUCAAGAAUUAGUGAGGUUUCUAGAAGAGGAGAACUUAGAAGAGUCACUGAGAACUCUUGAAAAGAAGACCAAAAAGCCACUGAGAUCUCAAGAAGCAGAGGAUCAGGAGAUGUGGAAAUCUCUACCAAAAGAGAAUCAGGAGUCUCUGAGGUCUCUUGAAGAUGAGACCCAGAAGACCUUUAAACUUCUGGAGGAUAAUCAAGAGCCACUGACCUCUCUAGAAGAGAAUAAGAUUGUGAGACCUUUAGAAAAAGAGAAAGUGGAGUUGCUGAAACCUCUAGAAGAGGAUGAGAAAGUUGUGAGAACAUUAGAAAAAGAGGAUCAGGAGUCACUAAGGUCUCUAGAAGAAACAGAUCAAAAGAAUGUGGGAGCUAGAGAAAAAGAGAACCAGGAACCACUGGGAUCUCCAGAAGAGGAAGAUGAGAAGAUUGUGAGACCUGUAGAAAAAGAAAACCAGGAAUCACUGGGGUAUCUACAAGAAGAUGAGAAAAUUGUGAGCCCUCUAGAAAAAGAGAACUGGGAACCACUGGGGUCUCUAAAAGAGGAUCAAGAGACCAUGAGACCUCUAGAAAAAGAGAAUCAAGAGCUACUGAGGUUUCUAGACGAAGGCCAAAAGACAUUGAAAACUCUUGAAAAAGAGACUCAACAGUCACUGAGGGCUCUAGGGGAGGAAGGCCAGAUGGCAUUGAGACAUCUAGGAAAGGUAAAUCCAGAGCCACUGGAAUCUCCUGGAAAUGAACAGGAGAUAGUUGAGUCUCCUGAAAAAGAGAAUCAAGAAUUAUUUGAGUCUCUGAAAGGUGAGGGUAUAGAGGCAGUGAGAUCUUCAGAAACACAGAACCUAGAGUCACUGAAGUCUGUAGGAGAGGACCUGGAAAUGCUAAAAUCUCUAGAAGCUGAAAAGUCACUGUGGUCUCUAGAAGAAAAGAAUAGGGAGACAGUGAAAUGUUUAGAAAAGGAAAUUCAAGAAACAUUAGGGUCUAUGGAAGAGAACCAAGAGACACUGAGUCCCCAAGAAAAAGAGAAUCAAGAAACACUGAGACCCCUGGGUAAGUGGAGCCUAGAGAACUUGAGAUCUCCAGAGGAGGCAGGGAAGGAAGGUCGCAAAGAUCUGGAAGGAGGGAGCCUGUUGAACACACAGAAUCAAGAGUUACUGAGGUCUCAGGAAGAAGAGGCACGGGAGCUAUGUCAGUCUGAAAAUCGGCAGGUGUGGGAGGAUGUGGGAGACCAAGGUCUGGAUCGGGAAGCCGGGUCUAGGGGAGAAGCAGUGGGAGACCAGGAGCCAGCCCUGAGGGAGCAGGAUGGAAAUGCAGCAGCAGAGGCCUGGCGCACAGGGAGCCCUGAUCCUCCAGAGCGGAGGGUCCCAGCCGAGGGCCCACAGGACGUUGAAGGGCUUCAGAAGCAGGAAGCUGCCCAGGGAAUGGCCGAGGUGACUGGGGCCAGGCGGGGGGAGGAGGAGGAGGAGGAGGCGGCCCCAGGGGGUCACCAGGCCUCUCCUGAGGUCACCUGGGGGUCCGAGACAGCCAGGGGCCAGUCUGCUGCGGGAGGGGAGCUGGGCCUGGAGCAGGAGGUGGGAGGAGGUAAGCUGUGGGAGGAGGCCGCUCAGCCGCCCCCGCAGGAGCACAGUCCGCAGGCAGAGAGUUCUGGGGGCCUGGAGGCAGCGCUCCCCAGCAGAAGUGGGGACCCUGAGGAGCACCCCAAGGACUGGGGGCAGUUGGGGCCCGAGGCCCUCGUGGGAGCAGGGCAGGUGUCCCCUGCUGAUGCCCCUCAGCCCGGGCCCACUGAACCCUACGCACCCACCCCGAUCCCGGAAGAUUCGCCUGGGCCCCAGCCCCGGAAGGAGGGGGCCCGGGAGGAGGUGGGCUGGGGGCUGGAAGGCAGGGCUGAAGCCCUGGGCAAAGUGGAGGCUGAGCAGGAGGAGGCCAGAGCUGCGGAGAGCGAGGUGGACGAGCUCGGGGAAACCCUUCCUGACUCCACUCCCCUGGGCCUGUACCUCAGGUCCCCCUCGUCCCCUGGGUGGGACCUGGCGGCAGAGGCGGAGAAGGAAGGCUGGGAUCCCGCUGUCCCAGCCUCCGGGGGCUCGGGGGCGGAGGAGGAGCAGGGCCCGGACUCCGAGCUGUCAGACGAGUUCGAGGACCUGGAGACAGAGGCUUCCUUUCUUCCUGGGGCCCCCAGGAAGGCGGCAGAACCUCUGGGCCAAGCCGACCCGCUGCUGGAGUCUGCAGCCUGGGGUCUGGACGGGGAGUCGGAUGGAUUUGCAGAUGAAGAAGAGAGCGGGGAGGAGGUGGAGGAGGAGGAGGAGGAGGGGCGGGAGCCAGGGGCUCGGCGGUGGAGGCCAGAGUCCCCUGGGGGAAGUCUGCCAGUCCCCAGAAACUCUCAGAGAGGGGACCCCCUGGCUCCUGAAGCCCUGGGCAUCAGUACCCCCUGGGACGACCGCUUGCAGGGUGCUGCGGUUCACACCCCCACGACCGCCAUGGACGCGGAGUCCCAGGACAGUGCGGACCCCUCCGGCUCCGAGGAGGGGUCUGACUCUGCCGCCUGGGAGAAGGGGAACCCCAGUGGGGUGGAGGACACAGGCCCAGGGGACACCCACAGUGUCAAUGGGGGCCCCGGCCUGGAGGAAGAGUCAGAGCACACAGGGGGGAGGGUGCUGAACGGGCUGCAGCAGCCCAAGGGAGGGGGGUCCCCUGACGCGGACCGCGGGACCCCCUCACAGGAAGAGGAGGGGGUUGCCCUGAAGACCCCCUGGCCAGGGGCUCCCCUGCAUCUGGCCCCCAGCCAGUUCCUGAAGUUCAAGCCCAGGGAGGGAGACGGGGACUCUUGGUCCUCGGGGGAAGAUUAGCACAGGCUCCCGGCCCAGGGGACCCACUCGGGGCUGGCACCCUAACUUACGGUCUCAACCCCAGUUUCGUCUGAGAGGGAGAGACCCGCUGGCUAAGGCGGUAACACGUGGCGAAGGAGCUACGCAGGCUCUGGACAGAACCUGGGCACUGCCUGGGACAUCACAGCGGGACCCACCCCACCCCCACUCUCGGCCCCUCCGCGCCAUCCCGGGGAGCCCUCGUCCGCGCAGCGGCCCCGCCUGGCUCUUUGUGCUUGAGUAAAGUCUUGUUCC